GAAAUUCAAACCAUACUCUCCUUCUUGCUACGUCAAUGAUGCGGCGCACGACGCUCGGUCCCGUGUCGUCCUCGCAGCUCAACGCGCGUUCCUCCGCGCUGCGCCACCCGUCCACACGUGUGUCUGUGCCUAGCAAAAGCACAGCGGCGAUGGAGCGCCAGUCCAUCGGCAUCGCGUCCCGCCGCGUUUCCACUGCCGCGGGUACCGUUAGGAGACCCCCCAUCGGCCCUCGGGCUUCCAUGAACGCGCGUCAGUCUGUGGGAGCCAAUCGCCGCAACAGCACUUACAGCUCACGCGCUUCCGUAUCAGGACGCGGGGGUACGCGUGUAGUGGACCCACGCCCUGUGACCGAUCGCUCGUUCCAGAACAGCUGCGUGCAAACGCUCGUCGAGUUCUUGAGUGAGCACAUGUACGACCAGGCGAUUCCACCGGCACUAGCGCGGCGUGGACCGUCCAAGAAUGACUUCAAGAACAUGAUCCUCUUUUUAUUCAAGCAGGUGGAUCCUACCUUUGAGUUCGGCCCCAAAUUCGAGGAGGACGUCGUGCAGCAGUUGCGUGACCUGCGGUACCCCGUCUCCAUCAGCAAGACGUCAUUGGCGGCAGUGGGUACACCUCAUACGUGGCCUAUGCUGCUGAUGGCCAUGUCUUGGCUAAUUGAGCUGCUCAGUUAUGAUGAAGCUAUCCAGCAGGCGAACGAUGCGGAGCAGGACGCAGAGAAUGACGAGGAAAACGGAGACAAGCCGUUCUUCAAGUAUUUGGAUGCCUCUUACCAUGUCUUCCUCGCUGGAGAAGACGACAAGUUCGAAGCCUUGGAGAAACAAGAGCGAGAGAAACUUAUCGCACGAAACGAGGUGGUGAAACAAGAAACAAGCGAACUGGAGCAGCAGCGCGAAGAGUUGAAAAGGCGUAUUGAGAAGGCUAAAAGGGACAAGAAUACCUUGGCUGAGCUCAAUUCGAAGAAAAAUGACUGCGAGAGCGACCUGUUCAAAUUCAGGAAAUUAGUUAAAGACUGUGAGAAAGCAAAAAUCAAGUUGGAAAAGAAGCUCGAAUCCCUCGUCAGUGUCCAGCAGUCCUGCGAUGAAGAGCUUGCUGCCCGCCAGGAAGAAAUCAAGAGACUACAAACCCGUAUAAACAACCAGGAGUUGUCUGCGCACGAUAUCGAGCAAAUAGGCAUUGAGAGAGCGAGGCUGACAGAGCAACUCCACCAAGCGUUUGCUCAACAAGACGAACUUCAGAAACGAAUCAAAAAUGACGAGAAUCGCGCUGCAGAGAUUCGAGACGAUGUACGGUUGCUGUGUGGGAAUGCGGUAAAAAAAAAACCAUGUCCUCUAACGCUUAUUCAUGGUAUAUACGAUUCUUUGGUCAGCUUGACGCCCAGAUUCACAAGUAUAUGGUUACUUGCAAGCAACUGAAGAUGAUUCCGAUGACCGCGAAGAACUCUUUCAACUUCGAUUUUGCUCUCGAAUUGGAUUCAAGUCUAGAGGAACUAACGGCGGUUCAAAAGUUGACGCAUCAUCUGAAGACGGGAAUUCGCCAAGCAGCCAUGCACCUUAAACAAAACCGAAUCGCGCGCGCCAACAAAGGUCUGGACACCGCGCUUGAGCUGGAUGAGGAAUUGCAGAAAUGUGAAAACCAGCUGAACGUCGAGAUUGAAAGUGAGAAGUUCUGGGAAUCAAAAGCGAAAAAAUACGCCGAGCAGAUGCUCAAAGAGCGUGAAAAGAGAGCUGAAGUUUUUCGACGGAAGACGACCGCAACAGAAGAAGUCGAGAAAAAGAUUACACAAAUCUCCAAUGGAGACAACCUUGCUGAAGAAGAGGCCAUGAGCCGCCAACAUUUGCUGGACGUGAGGAAAACGUCGGUGGAAAUGACGGAGGGCUAUCAGGCUUUAAUUGAUAAGAACCAAAGAGCUGUCACGCAUGCUCUCAUGGCAUGCACAAACCACAAGGAAAUGGUUGACCAAGCUAUUUUGUCCCUGGAAACAGAGGUAAACAAGGUGGAGCUUUGAUGUGAUACUACUGUAAACUCGCGAUGUCCACGUUCUGGUAACUUUAGCCAUCCAAGCCACAGCUUACUGGAAGCAUGCAAAUAUUGUAGGAGUAACGAAGAAAAUGAUUUUAUCAUGCAGA